AUGUGUUCGAGCCCAAUGCUGAACCUUGCUAUUGCGUUCAACGCUUUGCCUUCCUUGCGAAACUGCGUUCUUCCUUUGCUUUUUAGCAUCAAUCAUUUUUUUUCCCAGCUGUGAAGGGGUAUGCAAAGUAUACAUGAGACAAUUAAAGUAAUGAACAAAUCAGUAGUGUGCGUAUUGUUGACGACGUAUUAUCACCGGCGGAAUGUUCGCUUAGGCGAGUGGAAGAAGACGACAACGACCGAAAGCGCCUUGUUCCUCGCGCAUUGGCCAGUCUCGAGCACGGAUUCUCGCAGCGCGUGCAGCAAGAGAAGAAGAACGCACCGGCCAGGGACUGCAACGGACGCCCCGUGCUCGGUCUUUAGAAAAAAAAAAACACCCAGCUGACAACGCCAGGACACGCCACCUGAGCCAGAAAUGGCAGGAGCGCGUCCCUUCGACCCCGUCCUGGCCGAACGAGGAGACUCGACGCAAACCACCUUCGCGAGCGCGGCCUUGGAGCACCUGCCGCGCUGCACGGCCACGCCGGACGGCACGUGCCAGAUUGUGGACCACCUCUCGACGUUGAACGAGCUGCUCUUCCACGCCGAACUGGAACUGCGAGAACUGUCCGCACCCUGCGGGCUCUCGCUCGUGAGCUUGGCCGAGAAGAACGCGUGCAUGCCGCUCGACUCGGAGAAGAUCGCCAGCCAAGCGGCCGCGCUCGUCCACCGGCUGCUCAAGACGCACUCGUGCGUGCUGCACGUUCACGUUCACCCCCGCGUCUUCGCCUCUCACGGACCGCUGAUGUGCGACGCCCUCAAGUGCAACCCUUCGACCAGGCUGCUGAACAUCGACUUCCGGGGGUCAGCCGUCAAGCAGGACCUCGACGACGUCUUCCGUUCCCUGAGGCACCUGGAAGAAUUCGAAUGCUUAGCCCAGGGGGUGCGCGACGACGUGUCGUCUGCUUUGUCGACGGCCGUUCGCGUCCGCACGUCGCUGACGACCCUCAGGAUUGCCGAGUUGUGCAUGACGGCCAGCACGGCGAAACCGUUCGUGGCCGCUCUUAAAGGAAAUUCCACGCUGAAAGAGCUGUCCAUGCACGGUUCCGUCGUAUGCGAGGCCGGACGAGGAGAAUUCGCGCAGUACCUGAGAGAGACCACCUCGCUGACCACGCUAAGCGUAGCGGCGGACGAGGUCAGCAGGCGAAACUGCUUCAACUGGAUGGCCGAAGGGCUCCUGGUAAACAAGAGCCUCAAGAACGUCCGCCUGAACAACGUUCUUUUCGACCAGGAAAACGCCGAACUGGCGGCGAGGAUUUUCGCGGAAAAUCGAGUUAUACGCUGCUUCCACAUAGUGUACCUACCGCCAGCUUUGUCACUUCAGCCGAGCACGGACUACAACUUCUGGUACACGCCCCUGUCCACCAACGAGACGCUGGAGGAACUCGGCCUCCCGCUGUCCAUCUGGAACUCGGCGCAGUGGGUCAGUUUCUUCUGGACGGCCGUGCGGAAGCAGAGCAUGAAGAAGCUGAUCAUUUCCGUGCACGCCACCGCUCACCGCAACCUGCGAGCCCUGUGCAAGGCCCUCAAGGAGAGCGGCACCGAAGAGAAGGUCUCGCUGGGAACCUACUUCGUGCACCACAACCUGGACUUGAUCUACUCGAGGGCGUUCUCGGACGUGGACAUGUUCUGCUUCGGCAACAUCGUGGGACGCCUCUCGCGCGUGUUGCUGGCGUUCCCGCACAUCACGUCCAUACGCUUCAGCAUCCGGAUGGGGGACGUGGCCCUCGUGUCGGCCAUCGCCGCGUACAUCGGCGCCGCCACGUCGCUCCGGAAGCUGCGGCUGACCCUGUACUCGGACGACGGCGACACGGAACAGGACACGAACGCGUCGUGGACCGAGAUCGUGGAGUCGCUCGCUCGCAACGCGAGCAUCAAGGGGCUGGGCGUGCACGUGGACAUCGACUCGGACGACAGCGACGAGGAGGACGGCGUCGGCGACGUGCUCGAGCAGCACCAGGUCCAGCGGCUCGCCCAGGUGAUCGGGUCCAGGCGGAACAUGCGCAGGGUCUACUUCGGCGCCGAACAGUCGGGCGUGGUCGGCGCCUUCCUCCGCCGCUUCUCCGAGGGCAUCGCGGACAACUACGACCUGGUCCGCGUCACCCUGAGCGGAACGCUGGACGCCGAAUCGGCGCGGGACGGCUUCCGGGUGCGGGACACCGCGCGCCGAAACUUCGGCCUGGUGACGCGCGCCGCGCAGUUCGCCAGAGGCCGUGCGCUGGACAGGCACUGCGCCAUUGCUUUGGAGCGGGUCUGGCGCCACGGGGCUCUGCUCGAAGAACUCGCCGAGCAGCUGUGCGUCAGCGUGGACGAGGCCUCGACCACGGUGCGACGCGGGCUGAGGAGCACGGAGGGCCUGCACGACUUCAUGCGGCUCGCCCGCGUCGUCCGGGACUGCGUCGUGUGCGAACCGGACGGCGACGGCGGCCCUCGACUGGACACCCUCAACGACGACUGCUGGCGGCUGGUCCGCCGUUACCUGAUGAUCGGCGACGUCAGGGAGCCCACCGGGCCGGCGUCUUCGAGGCACUGACGUCACGGGGCGUGCUCGGGGGGGUUCCUGCGGCCUUCACAAUCCGGAACCCUGACCCCGAGAGGAGGUGGCGUUGGCAGUGGCGUAGCAACAGGGGGGGCCGGGGGGCCGU